UUCUCACCAUCUUCGCCUCUCCUCCCCCUCCUCGUCGAGUCAGAACAGAGCGCCGGUGGCGAUGGAUUCAAAACAGUUCUUGGCCGGUGUUUUGACUAUCUCCAUGUUCCUCAUGCUCGGAAAUAUGAUCAAAAGAGAUCAUUUCGACACAGUUGAGGCGAGGCACCGAGGGGAAGAGAGGUCGCUAAACUGGGUCAGUCGUAAACCAGCUAGAACCCAAGCCCUUAAACCAUGCUGGGGAAAGCCAGAAGAGGACGCAGAACAAUCAAAUGGCCACAUCACAUUCUCCUUGAAGAGUGGCCCAGAGUACCAUUCCUCACAGGUGGCUGAUGCUGUGGUCAUUGCAAGGUAUCUUGGAGCCACUUUGGUGCUCCCUGAUAUAAGAGGAAGCAAGCCAGGUCAAAAGAGGAACUUCCAAGAAUUAUACGAUGUCGAUAAAUUCAUCCAGAGCCUGGAAGGUGUCGUCAAAGUGGUAGGCGAGCUUCCCGCCGGCGUAGCCGCUCGACUGCCUACUGUCAUUAGAGUCCCCAACGGCGUGUCGGAGGACUUCAUCAACGAGCAAAUCCGACCAGCCUUCCUCGCCAACAACUACUUGAAGCUCGCGAGCUCUUUUCCUUCAGCCAGCGUAGGAAUGCGGGAAAACCGCAACGACGAACUGGAGUCAGUCGCCUGCUUAGCCAUGUUCGGCAGUCUCGUAAUCAAACCCGCGGUGUCCAAAGUGGCCGACAUGAUGAUCCAGAGGCUCCAAAUGCUCGGCCACAACCUGCACAGCCAGUUCAUCGCCAUCGACAUUAGGACUGAUCGGAAAGGCUGCAAGGAAGGCAAAGCCGGCAAGAAGGCCUGCUACGACGUGCAGGAGGUCGUGGAUUUCUUGCGAAUGCUCGGGUUCAGCAAAGACAACGCUGUCUACGUAACCCAGACUUGGUGGGAUGAAACUCUUACUCCAUUGAAGGAGUACUUCCCAAGGACUUACACGAAGGACGACUUGGUGCCGGCAGAGAAGAGGGCGGAGGUGCUGGGGACUGGGAGUGAGCUGGAGAGAGUUAUCGACUUCCAAAUCUGCUCGAAGAGCGAUGUGUUUGUGCCUGCAGUGGCCGGUGUGUUCUACGAGAGCGUGGCGGGGAAGAGAAUCGCUUCGGGGCUCACCAAGAUUCUUGUGCCAGGUCAAGUGGAUGAUGACGCGUCUGCUGCCACGGCGGAUGAGUUCGUGUCCAGCUAUGUCUCCAAGAAGAAGCAUGUUGCUUACUCGUGCCAUUGCUAGAUUUUGUUGCUAUAUAGGAGUGACAGUUGGGAUUGACGUGUUCUCUACUGCAAUCCAAUUCGUUUAAUUAAAUAGAUCUUGUUGGAUGAUCAUAUGACCUGGUUGUG